UGGGUGGCGGUAUGCACUUAGGCCGCGGUUUACGAUCCGCCAUUAAAUCAGAAGAAGAAGAAGACGACUGACGUUCAAGUUACCGACCUAAACACCGGAGCAGUCAGCGGAAACUAGACGUUAUUUGAACCAUAUAACGGUAGAAAACCCGAGGAGUUAGUUUGUUAAUGAGAGAUGGACCGACACCGGAAACAACCGGAAGCGAAGCUGCGAGGAGAAGCUUUACCUACAGAUGUCCAGAAAGUGAUUGUUGGUGAAGAACAUGAAUGGCGCUCCAGUCUGGACCACAAGGACACAAAGCCCCUACACAUUAAAGAGGAACAGGAGGAAUUCUGGACGAGUCAGGACGGAGUGCAGCUUCAAGGGCUGGAGGAGGCUGAUAUCACCAAGUUCCCAUUCACUCCUGUCCCUGUGAAGAGUGAAGAUGAUGAAGAGAAACCUCAGUUCUUACAGCUUCAUCAAAGACUAACUGUAGAGAUGAAAACAGAAGCUGAUGGAGAGGACUGUGGAGAACAAGAACCAGCCAGGAACUCACGUCCAGAUACACUUUUAAAAAUGUCUAGCAGUGAUGCCACCUCACAAUGUUACAAACAAGAAACUAAAGUGGCUGUUGAUGACUGGAAUGAGACCAGAGAACCUCAGACAGGUUUAAACUCCUUGAAUAAUACUGAAGACCCAGUAAGUCGUAUGACUUGUAUUGGUGGUGGUGAAAAACUGUCAAGUACCUCUGAGUGUUGGGAAAGAUUUGGCUGCAAGACACUUCUGAAGAAACACACGAUCGCCGAAAAGAUUCUGUUUAGCUGCAGCAUUUGUGACCAAAGAUUCACCUGGUAUAAACAGCUCAGGAACCAUCAAUGUGUUGGUCGUCAGAGUCAAACUGAGGAGAACAGAGAAGCAGAGCCUUCAGCCAGCAACUCAACUGAACAGAUUGAAACAGAAGCUGAUGGAGAGGACUGUGGCGGACCAGAACCAGACAUUAACUCUUCUGAACCAGAGACUGAUGACAGUUAUGAUUGGAAGGAGACCAGAGAACCUAAGUCAGGUUUAAACUCUCCGAAUAUUAAUGAAGGCCCUGUUGGUGAUUUCAGGUGUAGUGCUGGUGAGAAUCAAAGUAUCGGCUCUGAGUGUGGAAAAAGAUGUGGCACCAAUCGAAAUAUGAAGAGACACAUGAGAUCUCAUACAGGAGAGAAACCAUUUAGCUGCUCAGUUUGUAGGAAAUAUUUUGCAAGGAGACAAGAUUUACAGACACACAUGAGAAUCCACACAAGAGUGAAAUUCUUAAGCUGCUCGGUCUGUAAGAAAGCCUUUACGGUGAGUGGAAAUUUACUUAAACACAUGAGAAUUCACACAGGAGAGAAACCAUUUAACUGCUCAGUCUGUAAGAAAGCGUUUACAGAGAGUGGAAGUUUACACAAACACAUGGCAAUCCACACAGGAAGGAGACCAUUUAGCUGCUCAGUCUGUAAGAAAGCUUUUUCAGUGAGUGGAAAUUAUCAUAGACACAUGAGAACCCACAGUGGAGAGAAACCGUUUAGCUGCUCAAUCUGUAAGAAAGCUUUUACAGUGAGAGGAAGCUUAAAGACACACAUGAGAACCCACACAGGAGAGAAACCAUUUAGCUGCUCCGUCUGUAAGAAAGCUUUUACAGUAAGCGGAUAUUUGCAGGCACACAUGAGAAUCCACACAGGAGAGAAACCAUUUAGCUGCUCAGUCUGUAAGAAAGCUUUUACAGGCAAUGGAAGUUUACAGAAACACAUGACAGUCCACACAGGAGAGAAACCAUUUAGCUGCUCCAUCUGUAAGAAAGCUUUUUCAGUGAGUGGAAGUUUACAUAGACACAUGAGAACCCAACACGUGUGAAAACAUUUAUCCAUGUAAUGUGGACCUAUAGUCUAGAAGGAGAGCAGAAAAAAAUGAAGUGAUAUGAGAUAUAUAUUAUAACGUGGUUCUUUAGAAAUCUAAAUUUAAAAUCUGGUAAUUACAACAUCUUAGGCUUUAAAAUGUCUUAAGUAAUAUUGUGAUAGGUCUUUACAAAUGUUUUUAUGAAAUCCACUGAACUCCAAAGAUGAACUUGUUCACUUUUAGCAACUUAAAAUGGACUUGAAAUGAAACAAUGCAAUCCAUGCAACCCCAGACCUCUUCAAAAUGGCAGCUGUCUCUCAGAAGACUCUCCAGUCUCCACACUUGACUAUCUUGUCCCACCUGACUGUCCCUAUAAAGGCAACAACUACCAUUAUUCUUUGCUCUUCUCCAUUUCCUCACUCCAGAAGGAGCAACGACUCUACUGCAUCCAUUAGCAGGGGGUCCUGCUCAGCUCUCAGCCCAAGCCUGGCCUACUGAAAAGAACUGACGGAAAAACUUUUCUCUAGGAAAUGACACAAAUGCCUGCUUAGAGUAAACAAGUUAAAAUCACAGACUUGGAAAAAAAAGUCUACCAGCUAGUAAGGACUGGUGCUAUAAGCUUCAAUCCUGCAGGAUUGGGAUAAACCGCAACAUUUUUGUAAAAAUCAACAUUCUAACUCUUGAAAAUAACAAAUUGGGUUUUUUAAGGUCCGAGAGAGUGGCCUGUAAUGAGUUAAAGAAAAGCUGCAAGUUGUCAGUAGCAGCCUAUGGGGUAUCUGCAGAACAGUAAAGAAUAGUGUCAUCUGCAUACUAAUCGGCGCCACAACCAGUUAAAGAAAAUACUAGCUCAUUAAUAUAGAUGGUAAAGAGUACAGGACCCGAUACAGAGCCUUGUGGGACACCUUUUUGUUAUGGAUAAGAAAUCCGAAUUGCGAAGUUGUCAUUUCACGCUUUGAGGCCUGGAAAACAGGUAAUCAUGAAACCACUCAAAACUACCCGUAUCCAAGCCCAUGUCGGACAACUUUUUUAAAAAUUAUAUUGUGAUUGAUCGUGUCAAACAGCUGAGGGAGGCCGGUAGACUCCGACCACAGUCGGUGGGUCCGGAGAAUGAUGCAACUUUAGAGCUAGAAAUUCAAAGACAAUAUUUUUGUCUUUGAAUUUGAGACUAGAUUUGACAUACAUUCCAACUCCACCGCCCCUACCUAACUAAUCUAUUAAUUUCAUUUAAUGCUACCCAGAUAUGUAUUUUAUGUUUUUGCUUUAGUCAAGUUAUUGGACAGCCACAUUGCUAAGUUGAUGUAAAUUUAGGCUUCACAUCAGCAGUCUUGCAUGUAACUAACAUGCUCUUUUCUAACAUGGCACAUUAAAUUACACAUUUUAACUUCCAGACAAGCACACUAUAAUAGUAAGCAAACCUUUUGCUUUACACCCUUUUGAUUUGACUGAGGCAGAACAUGCUGUGAGGAGACUUAAGUCCCCCUUAUUAUUUUAUUUGAAUGUUUAAUAUGUUUGUUUUAUGUGUUCACCUUUUACCAAGACAAAUUCCACACAAGUGUACUUAUCGUGGCAAUAAAACUUUAUCUGAUUCUGAUGGAUGUUCUAUAAGACCUUAAUACAAUGUUUGAGGUGGAGCCCUGUUAAUUCUUAUGGGAGUUGCUGUGGCAUAUACGCCAAAAGAGUUUCUACGCUUCCGGAUUUACUUUUGCGAGAUGCAACACACUGACUUUGCACAGUAGUGUUUUUCCCACCUACCCCAAAUGCAAGUUCCUGUUGGGCCCAUAGAGUUUAAUUGUAGUGCCGUAAUUGGUUGUAAAAUAGCUUUUCUCGGCUUGAGCGGCUGUUUUUCAAAUAUAAGCCUUAACAAAGACCAUCUUUGAUUCCCUAAUCACAGCUUUGCCAUUUCAUCUUUGUCUUUACAACUUGCACACACACACACACACGCAUCCUUUUGCUCUUUUCAGCUUCAUUAUUUUAGUUGAGUCAAAUAUUGUAUGUUAUACUUGUGCUUUAUUUAUUCUGUGAAUAAAUGCUUUUGAAUAUA